AUAUUCAGUACAUGGAGUUUGCUAGGAGAGCUGAGGGCAUCAAAUCUGGGAGAAUGAUUUUCAAGAAAGCCAGGGAAGAUCCCAGGACCCGACAUCACAUUUACGUCACUGCAGCCUUAAUGGAGUAUUACUGUAGCAAGUUAGAUUUGGGCACGCUUCCUGGCCUUUGAAAGUAACAUUGGAGAUUUAGCUAGUAUACUGAAAGUGGAAAAAAGGCGAUACACAGCAUUCAAGGAGGAGUAUGAAGGGAAGGAGACGGCACUUCUUGUGGAUAGAUACAAAUUUAUGGACUUGUACCCCUGCUCCACAAAUGAACUGAAAGCUUUGGGAUACAAGGAUGUAUCGAGAGCCAAACUGGCAGCACUAAUCCCAGACCCUGUGAUAGCUCCAUCCAUAGCCCCUUCGCUGAAGGAUGAUGUUGACCGAAAACCAGAGUAUCCCAAACCUGACACGUCCCAGACGAUCCCAUUCCAGCCGCGACAUUUAGCUCCACCUGGACUCCAUCCUGUUCCUGGAAGAGUAUUCCCAGUCCCUCCAGCUGCAGUGAUCUUAAUGAAGCUGCUUCCUCCCCCCAUUUGCUUCCAGGGGCGGGCAGCCAAAGCCUUGAAGUCCUUGCAGUUUGCGAAUCCUGGAAAACAAACAGAGUUUGCACCCGAAACCAGCAAAAGAGAGAAGAGACGCCUGCAAACAAAAAGCGCUGCCUCAAAUUCAGGACAAACAGCUGCUUCUAAGAAUAAAGUAUACGACAGCAACGGGAUUCUCAUUUGCAACGGGAUGGAUCUGUGCGACUGCCUGGAUGAAGAUUGCCUGGGCUGCUUCUAUUCCUGCAAAAAAUGUGGCUCCAACAAGUGCGGCGUUGAAUGUAGAUGUGACCGUAAGUGGCUCUAUGAACAGAUAGAAGUAGAAGGAGGCGACACCAUCCGCAAUAAACACGUGGGCUGAGCAUCAGCCCGUCGGCCACUUUCUCUGUUUACAAGUCCAAGGCUCAUUUUCUUUACCACUCUAUACCUGCCCCAACUCUGCCAGAGCCCAUUAUUAUCCCUUACACAGAAGGCUGGUAGCAGGGACCGAGAACCAACGGCUGCCAUGUUCCACAUCUGUACAAGGCUGUAACUGUGGGAAAGGAAUGAACACAAAUACACACAUUCGCUGGCAGAUGAACAUCACUCUAAUGAGCUUUAUUCAACUUUGUGUUAUAUUCUCAUGCCUGGAGUUUUAUACCACAUGUGCCGUGGACUGCAGCAGGCCUAACAUUUAGGUCAGGAACAUGGGUUGGGCCCAAAAAUGGCACCCCAAUUAUGUUAUCCAUAACAGGUAACUAUUAAAAGAAGAUGUAUAUAUAAAUCUAAAGCAAUUAUUGAGACACAGAAAAAAGGGUAAGAAAAAGGCAAGAUGUGUUUCUCCCUCACUAUAAGUUUCUCUAGACAUGGGAAGUGCUGUUGGAAUGGGUUUUUUUUGCUUUGUUUUUUCUGCGAUUUCAUUGCAGCUGAACUGUGAAGUUGCUCUUGUGGCGACGCAAAGGCUAAAUUAAAAAAAGGAAAUGUCAUUGGGUAUAAAGAACAUUAUUUGUAUCCCCUUCCAGAUUCUACUCUGGUUUUCUAUACACUGUUCUUAUGCCUUUUUAUAUUUAAAAUAAAUCCUUUAUUUCCUUAUCGUUUUGUUACUGUGCAAAUAAAUGUACUGCAAGCAUA